AUGCGCUUUGCAGCAAAGUCCUCCUUUACUCCACACACGCUUCUAAGCCUCGGCACAUCUCCUCACAUCGCUACUAACUACACUUUAUUCAUCCUCCGUGUCAGGAUAAACUCCACUCGUCUCAGUCAACUUUGGAGAUUAUUAGGCCCGUUUAGCUUGCUAGUUGUUUUAGCGCGCUAGUUAGCUCAGCGUGCUAGUUAGCUUAGCGUGCUAGUUAGCUUAGCUGGUUAGCUGCUAACAAAGAGACGCGGAUUUGAUCAACACAUCGCUUAGUUAAGAUCAAGUGUGAGUGUAAAGUGUUGUGAUUGUGUGAAAAUGUGCGAAAGAACGAUAGCAGAGUACAAAGAGGAACUUUCUCGGGCAAAAGAAGAGAACAAAAGACUACGUCAACUACUGGAGGCUGUUUUCAAGAAACCUCAAGUUGUGUUACACAGAACAGACGUCUGUGAAAAAUAUCGUCCACCUGAGCAGCAGGAGGGGUCCUCCAGUAUGGAGCAGAAGAGGUCACAGCCCACCCACUUUAAAGAUGAAGAAAAACAGCUGCUGUCCCCCCACUUCAAAGAGGAAGACAAGAGACACCUCAUCAGUGUGAAGAGUGAAGAUGAUGAGGUCAAAGGCGAAAGUGAGGAGAAGAGAGAGGCGGAGCCUCCAAGCAGCAGCUCAACUCAACACAUGACAACAGAAGCUGAUGGAGACCACUGUGGAGGAUCACAAGCAGACAAGCUCUUAGCUCCACUAUCAGAUAGUGAGGACACAACGUCACACUCUCCUGACACUGAUGAUGAACACUCUAAAGAUGAUAAGACAUGUUCUCUCUGUGACAAAACUUUUAAAAACCAUCGUAAUCUGAAAAGACACAUGAGUACACACACUGGAGAAAAACCUUUUUCAUGUUCAAUCUGCGGCAAAGAUUUUACUCAUAAGCAUGGUUUGAAAAUACACAUGAGAAAACACACUGGAGAAAAACCUUUUUCCUGCUCAGAAUGUGGUAAAAGUUUUGCAGUAAAUCAAAGUUUAAAAGCACACAUGAGAACACACACCGGAGAAAAACCGUUUUCCUGCUCAGAAUGUGGUACAAGUUUUGCAGUAAGUCAUAGUUUAAAAGCACACAUGAGAACACACACUGGAGAAAAACCUUUUUCAUGUUCAAUCUGCGGUAAAGAUUUUACUCAUAGGCACAAUGUGAAAAGACACAUGAGAAAACACACUGGAGAAAAACCUUUUUCCUGCUCAAAAUGUGGUAAAAGUUUUUCAGAAAGUCAAAGUUUAAAAGAACACAUGAGAACACACACUGGAGAAAAAACUUUUUCGUGUUCAAUCUGCGGUAAAGAUUUUACUCACAUGUCCUAUUUCAAAAAACACAUGAGAAUACACAAGGGAGAAACCCCUUUUUCCUGCUCAGAAUGUGGUACAAGUUUUGGACUAAGUCAAAGUUUAAAAGUACACAUGAGAAUACACACUGGAGAAAAACCUUUUUUGUGUUCAGUCUGCGGCAAAGAUUUUACUCACAGUUCCUGUUUCAAAGCACACAUGAGAAUACACACCGGAGAAAAACCAUUUUCCUGCUCAGAAUGUGGUAAAGGUUUUGUAAAAAAUGUAAGUUUAAAAGUACACAUGAGAACACACACUGGUGAAAAACCAUACUCCUGUUCAAGCUGCAACAAAAGCUUUCGUUACCUAAACACUCUUACAGUACACAUGAGAACACACACAGGAGAGAAAGUGUUGAGUUGCAGUGUGUGUGGUGAAAGAUUCUCUUCUAAGUACCAGUGUGAGAAACACAAGUGUGCUGGUGAGAACAGCAGCAGCAAAUGAAGAUGCAGGAUUUGAAAUCAACUUUCUAACAUGAGCACAUAUAACAUGUAGAGGCAGGGAUUUCUUUCUCACUUGUCACCUGGGAUAGUUGGUGUGGCUAAGUCUGUGGGCGGAGUGUGUGGGGCUGAUUGCUGAAUAUAUAACACCUGCACCUCUCUGUGAAUUGUUUUGGCUUGUAUGGAGAGAGUGUGAACCUGGGUGCCGUUACUUCUGUUGACCGCAAAGGGAAUCGCAAAAGGACCACAAACCAUCUGAAUGUAAUGUAUUGUAUUUUUACUCAAAGGGAACAUAAAUCCCCCUCAAAACAGCAGUAAUGACUUCAUGUUGCAUCCUUGGACCCAGCGUGUCAGACAGAACCCUGCUUUCCACUCUCAGUGACUAAUUACUUUCUGAUAGUCACACAACAUAACAUGUGUGACAUAAUUGUUGUGUGUGUAACACAAUCUUGUUAAUAUGAUUCUAACAUAUUUAGAGUAAAUACUUCAGAUUAGUGUUUUUAUUUCAGUCAAGUACAUGAGUUAAUAUACACAUUUGUGUACUUUAAAAUGAACAGAACAAUUUGACUGAAAAGGUGAGAAUAAACAGUACAUAAAAUAUGUUACAUACAAUAAACAUUUUAAGUGUAGAUAUUCAUAAUUCACUUUUAUACUUAUUCAUAAUAGUGUUUUAUAUAUGUAUUUUGAAAUAAUGAAGGGUUACAUAUUUUAUUUUCUAACUGUAGAUGAUUCCAUAGAUGAACUCCUUUAUACCAGUGGUCCCCAACCACCGGACCGAUUGGUACCGGGCCGCACAAGAAAUAAAUUAAAAUUUUUAUUUUUAUUUUUUUAUUAAAUCAACAUAAAAAACACAAUAUAUACAUUAUAUAUCAAUAUAGAUCAAUACAGUCUGCAGGGAUACAGUCCGUAAGCACACAUGAUUGUAUUUAUUUAUGAAAAAAAACAAUCUUUUUUUUUUUUUUUAAUUUCCUCCCCACACCCCUGGUACGUGGGACAAAUUUUCAAGCGUUGACCGGUCCGCAGCUACAAAAAGGUUGGGGACCACUCCUUUAUAUGAUGUACAUAUUUGUUUUACAUGUGUUCAUACCUUUGCUUUUGAGUACACAUAAAUCCCUCUUAGUUCAUAUUUACUGGUUCACAUCUGAAACAUCUUCUGGACCACUUCUGGAAGCAUAUUAUUAUUUACUUUAUACAUCAUUUAAGCAGUUGUCUUUUACACAAUUUUAAAAUGUGUGACUUUAUGAAUCAUUUGUUGGGUCUCUAUAAUCCAUUCUAUUAAUUGUCUUUAUUACUCUCUUGUGUAAUAUGAAUAUUGUUGUGUGAUUGUUUUAUAUGUAUGUCCCCAGACCUUUAUGCAAUAAACAAUGUAUGCUUCAACUAAAGUUGGGUACAAUAAAUGUAGUUAAUAUU